AACUCUAAUCGACGUUAUCGCCGACAGUUGGGCGCGCCAAACCUGCCCUCUGCCACACGCUCUGUGCACGCAAUGGACACGAAUAACGGCCAGGAAAACGGAAUUCUGGUUCUCUACGGCUCGGAAACAGGUACCGCUCAGGACCUUGCCGAGUCUUUAUGGAGGGAACUCACUAGAAACGGCUACGACGUCGCUGUUGAGUGUCUGGACGACUUGGAUUUGAAACGAAUUAUUUCCCGCGUCCUUUGCAUAUUUAUAUGCAGCACAACUGGCCAGGGCGAAGUACCUCGAAACAUGAAGACAUUCUGGCGCUUUCUUUUGAGAAAACGUCUUCCUUCCGACUUUCUCGAUUGUAUGCAAUAUGCUGUGUUUGGUUGUGGUGAUUCUUCUUAUGCUCGCUUCAAUUGGACUGCCAAGAAGCUCGACCGUCGUCUACAGCAGCUUGGAGCUAACCGCAUCUGUCUACGUGGUGAAGGUGAUGAACAACACGAGUUAGGUGUCCCAGGACUCUUUGCCUACUGGUUGACUCACUUGAACGCUGCUAUUGCGCGCUAUCGUACACCUAAUCGUCCUGCUCUUACAAAGGACGCGUUGCUUGAGCCAGUGUUUGAUAUUCGUUUUCUCUCUCCUUCUGUGGACGAGUCCGAUUUGGCAGAUCUUUCGCUGACUAAAGACCAUUUGAGUCCAUCUACUUUUAAAUGUACCGAGCGGGUCAAUUAUGCAAUUGUUGAGGAAAACAAUCGGAUGACGGCUCCUGAUCAUUGGCAGGAUGUUCGCCAUGUCAAGCUUCGUUUGCCAGCCAGUGUUUCCUGGUCUGCAGGAGACAUUGCCGUUCUCUACCCCUGCAACGAUGAUACUAGCGUAAUCUGGUUCUUGAAACGUAUGGGUUGGUAUAAGUUCGCAGCUGAACCCAUUACUGUGCAGACGAAACCCAAUGGCAAGCCUCUUGGUUGGCUGCCUUCGCCUCUGACACCGUACACAUUGGUUAAAUAUAUGCUUUCUUUGCAUUCCAUGCCUAGCCGCGCUUUCUUUGAGUAUGCCGCUCACUUUGCCGACAAUGAUUUACAUCGCGAACGACUUGCUGAAUUUGCCGACAAUGCGCAUAUUGAAGAGUACUAUAAUUACGUUACGCGUCCGCGCAGAACACUUAUUGAAACUCUUCAAGAAUUUGAUAGUUUGCGUGUUCCCUUUCAUUACGCUUUGGACGUGUUUCCACUCAUGAAGGGUCGUCAGUACUCCAUUGCAAGUGCCUGUCACCCUGAAGAUAAUACUCUCGAACUGGCCAUUGCCCUUGUGAGAUUCAAGACUCGAAUGCAUGGAGACCGUGAAGGAGUUUGUAGUCGCUGGCUUAAAGAUGUAAAGCCAGGCACAGAGCUUUCUAUUGAUAUCUUAAAGGCAGCAUCCAAGCUUGACAUCAAUUCACCGUCUCCCUUCGUUAUGAUCGGUCCGGGCACCGGUGUUGCCCCCAUGCGACUUCUUGUUCAACACCGCGUAAGCAAUGGACUUACGAAUAAUGUGCUCGUUUUUGGUUGUCGAAACAAGGAGAAGGAUUUCUUGUUCCAAAAAGAGUGGGAAGCUUAUUCGGCGCAGAAACAGCUGGAACUGUACUGCGCCUUUUCUCGUGAUCAAGAUAAAAAGCAUUAUGUUCAGAACGUUAUUCGUGAACAUGGUGAACGCUUCUUUGACUUAAUUUACAACCAAAAGGCAAUUGUUUGCGUUUGUGGUUCCUCUGGUAAGAUGCCGACUGCCGUAAGAGAGGCUAUUGCAACCAUUGUGUCCAAAUAUCUAGAUGGAAAGUAUUCCACAGGCAAUGACUACCUUCUCACCAUGGAGAAGGAAAAGCGGUUUUACCAAGAAACUUGGUAAGCUCCCACUGACUGUUACACCCAUUUUUAUUUAACAAGGCAACGUUCAUUUUGCCUGUUUAAAAACCUCCCUCAUUACACCAUUCUCUUCUUUUCAUUCCCUCUUUAUUGUCCUUUACCUCUCUCUCUCUCAGGUUUUAUUUUUUUUUGUCACAGACAAGUUGAUGGCAGCAGCUUUUUACUCUUCUUAGUCACUUAAUAGAUGU